UCUGAUAAGUAUAAAUAGUUAAAGUUUUUCCAACAACACAAUCACUUAAUUGAAGAAGAAAUAUAUCGUGAUAAUGGAAGGUGGUGGACAAAAAGAAAGCUCAGUGCAUGACAUGAAGCUUUUGUUCGUUGAGAUGGGUGUUGGCUAUGAUCUUCAUGGUCAAGACAUCACAGCCGCUGCAAUGAGAGCAUGCAGAGAUGCCAUCGCUACCAAUUCACUUCCAGCAUUCCGAAAAGGUAGCAUCCCUGGUGUGACAUCAGAUGACAUGAAAUUACAUGUGAAACUGGGGGUGCCUCAUCCUCUGCAACAAAACUUGGAUAAGGAUAAAAUCAAGUCUGUGUUUCCAUAUGGGGAAAUUAUGAAGUUUGAUGUAGUGGAUGGUGGAUUAGUGUGCUCAACUGAAGAAGUAGCUGAGAAGAACGAUGACUGCUACAUUGUUAAUGCUGCUGUCUAUGUUGGCUACUAGCCUUAUGGGGAAACUUUGUGUGUUGGAGUGUUGGUGUUUCAAUAAAGGUGCAAUGAAAAGUGUAAAUCUACAAAGAGUUUACUUCAUCAAGUUUUAUUUCUUUAAUCGAUUGUGGCCGUUAUCCUUCGUUAUUUCCGAAUGCAUGAACGUACUUUUGUAUUACUUGGCGUUAUGUUCACUGUUUGGUUGUAAUAAUUAUAGUACAAUAAUGUAAUAUCAGCUUAAUCCAUCACUUCAUUUAA